AUGUCCACUCCAUUCGGUGUCGAUUUCGGUAACGAUAACACAGUUAUUGCCUGUGCAAGAAACAGAGGUAUUGACAUUAUUGUCAAUGAAGUCUCCAACAGAUCUACUCCUUCCUUAGUUGGAUUUGGAAUGAAGAACAGAUUUAUCGGAGAAUCAGCUAAGAAUCAACAAACUUCUAACUUGAAGAACACUGUUUCUGACUUGAAGAGAAUCUUGGGAUUAAACUAUGACGAUCCAGAUUUUGAAAUUGAACAAAAAUACUUCUCCACUGGAUUAGUAAAAAACAAGCACGGUGGUGUUUCCGCCAAGGUUAGAUUUGCUGGUGAACAACAAGAAUUCACUGCCACUCAAUUGACCGCCAUGUACAUUGCUAAGAUCAAGGAUAUCACUGCCAAGGAAACCAAGGGUAACAUUGUUGAUAUUUGUUUGUCCGUCCCAGUUUGGUACACCGAGAAGCAAAGAAGAGCUGCCUUUGACGCCUGUAAGAUUGCUGGUUUAAACCCAGUUAGAAUUGUUAACGAAGUUACUGCCGCCGCUGUUGGUUACGGUGUCUUCAAGCAAAACGACUUACCAGAAGAUGAACCAAAGAAGGUUGCUUUUAUUGAUAUUGGUCACUCUUCCUUACAAGUUUCCGUUGCUGCCGUCAAGAAAGGUGAAUUAAAGAUCUUGGGAUCUGCCUACGACAAGCACUUCGGUGGAAGAGAUUUCGACUAUGCCAUCGCCAACCACUUCGCUGAUGAAUUUAUCGGUAAGUACAAGAUUAACAUCAGAGAAAACCCAAAGGCAUUCUACAGAGUCUUGACUGCUGCCGAAAAGAUCAAGAAGGUCUUAUCUGCUAACACUCAAGCUCCAUUCAACAUUGAGUCAUUAAUGAACGACAUUGAUGUCUCAUCUUCAAUGAACAGAGAAGAAUUAGAAGAAUACAUCCAACCAUUAUUAAACAGAGUCCACGUUCCAAUCGAAACCGCAUUGAAGGACGCUGGUUUAACCGUUGAUGAAAUUGAUUCCAUUGAAGUUAUUGGUGGAUGUACCAGAGUUCCAUCAUUAAAGGCUAAGCUUACCGAAAUUUUCGGUGGUAAGCAAUUGAGUUUCACCUUGAACCAAGAUGAAGCUAUUGCCCGUGGUAACGCUUUCAUCUGUGCCAUGCACUCUCCUACUUUAAGAGUUAGACCAUUCAAGUUUGAAGAUUUCAACCCAUACUCAGUUUCAUACUUCUGGGACAAGGAAGAUGAAGAUGAAGACCACUUGGAAGUUUUCCCAAGAGGUGGAUUAUUCCCAUCAACUAAGAUCAUCACUUUGUUCAGAAAGGGUGACUUUGAAAUUGUAGCUAAGUACUCCAACAGGGACGAAUUACCGGUUGGAACCGAACCUGUUGUUGCUAAGUGGAAAUUGAGCGGAGUUGUUCCAAGUGAAGGUGAAUCUUCAAUUGCCACCAAGUUGAAGUUGAGAAAUGACCCAUCUGGUUUCUACACCAUCGAAUCUGCCCACACUGUUGAAGAAAAAUUAGUCAAGGAAUUAGUUGAAAAGCCAGUUGUUGAAGGUGAAGAAGAAGACGAAGAAGCUGAACCAGAAUAUCGUGAAGUCAAGAAGUUAGUCAAGAAGAACGAUUUAACUAUUGUCUGUGAAUCUGCUGCCUUAUCUGAAGAAGAAAGACAAGAAUUAUUCGAAAAGGAAAAUGCUAUGAUCAUGGAAGACAAAUUAGUCGCCGACACUGAAGACAGAAAGAAUGCCUUAGAAGAAUACAUUUACGAAUUGAGAGGUAAGUUAGAUGAGCAAUAUAAGGAUUUCGCCAGCGAUGACGAAAAGUCAAGAUUAACUGAAAAGUUAGCUAAGGCUGAAGAAUGGUUAUAUGACGAUGGAUACGAUGCAUCCAAGGCUAAAUACAUUGCUAGAUACGAAGAAUUAGCAUCUAUUGGUAACAUCAUUAGAGGACGUUACUUGGCCAAGGAAGAAGAAAAGAAACAAGCUUUGAGAGCCAAACAAGAAGCCAAGCAAGCCAACUUCUUAGCUGAAAAGUUAGCUGCUCAAAGAGCCGCAUCUAACAAGAAGGAAGCUGAUGGUGAUGUUGAAAUGGAUAAAUAA